AGAUGUUCCAAUUCUAUAUUGACUUUGGAGAACUUCACAAAAGCACUAUCUGGCUGCUGGGAGUUGAGGGACGAUCCAUUACAAUAUUGCCAAAGCUUCUACCAGUGAGCUCUCAUUAGGGAUAUGGAAGGAGCGAAGGAAACUAAUGUGAAAGAAGCUCCUGUUUCUUUCAUGAAAAGUGAAGGGGCAUCAUCAGUGCAGGAAAACAGAAAUCCCGUUUCACCGGAAAGUAAAUCGUCGUCGUCGUCGUCGUCGUCAUCCUCGUCAAAGGGAAACAUUAAUCCUGUUUCUCCAGACAGUAAAGUGCUAUUGGAGGACAUUCCUAAUCUAACAGAAGAAAACUAUAAGGAUUGGAAAGAUAAGAUGGAAAAAAACUUGAAGGCCAGAGGACUGUGGGAUUAUGUCAUUGGAGCAAAAAAUGAACCUGAAAAUACUUCCAGCAAUGAAUAUAGAAUUUGGAAGCGGAAAUGUGAAGAGAUUGCACUUAGAUUCUAUUUAAAGUGUGGACCGAAGCCUCGACCAUAUAUUGCACGACUAGACGUCACACUUUUUUGGAGCCAAUUAGAUGCCAUGUAUCAGUUCACUUAUCCAACAGAAACAACAGCUGGGGGGAUAACAAGGAGGAGGACAAUUUACACAUGGUGUUUGCCUUUUUACAAUGCUAUUGUUGAUGGAAAUUGGAAAACAGUUUCUAUGUUCCUCUCUAAAAAUAAGGGACUUCUUACAGCCAGGCUCACAACAGAAGGAGAACUUCCACUUCAUGUGGCAGUUAAAAAAAGGAAAAGUUGAAAUUGCAAAGGAAUUGAUGAAGAUGAUGUCUACAGAAGAUCUAUCAAGAAAAGAAAAAGAUUACAACAGAACAGUCCUCCAUAUUGCUGUUGUAAGUGGGAACAAAGAGAUGGUGAAGGCCAUUGUAGAAAAGGAUGAGAAACUAGUGAUGAUCAAAAGCAAAUUCUACCGCAAUCGCAUCCCAAUUGCCGAAGCUGCACUCUUUGGCCACAAAGAUGUGGUGAAUUAUCUUUACCCGAUCACCAUACAUUAUGAUCAGGAUCAUGACCACAAUAUUGAUCAUGACGAAGAAGAACGUGAAAAAACUAGAGCUUCAAUUCUUACUUCUCUAAUUUUUGGUGAUUUCUUUGGACAAGCUUUUGAUCUACUAAAGAAAUAUCCGCGCUUAAUCUUGAUCAAAGAUUACGACGAUAGGACAGUCAUGGAAGCACUCUCAGCGAGGCCUACUGCAUUUAAAAGUUCAUUACCAACCAAAAGUGUUGGGACCUUGGGAUAUUAUUUCCUCUACUCUUUGCUAGAUGUUCAUGUUGAUGCCAAAAAUGAAUGCUGGCGUACAAGAGGAGACGUGGAAGAUUCCUUGACUGCCAACAGAGACAGCACUCAGCUAGGAAAUAUGAUGAUGCGUGGUAGGCUAUCCACACAUGUUUUUGAGUUUUGCAAGGGUCUAUGGUUGCGCUUCCAUGGGCUAUUUCAGAAUGGGCUUAUUAAACUAGUGCCUGGUUGCAAGCACAUCUAUGAGGAGAAGUUGAAGCAUUAUGGAGCUUCUGAGUUACUAAAAGAACUAUGGAGGAAGAUAGUAUUAGAACUUGAUAACAUGAACCAUGUGGAGAAUGUAAUGGUUACAUCAAUGUUUCGAGCAACUGAAAAUGGGUGUUUUGAAUUUAUCGAAGAAUGUAUCAACCACUGUCCUCAUGUUCUAUUGAACUUGAAAAUAGCUGAUGGCCGAACGGUAUUUCAUUUCGCAAUUAGCUACCGCCAGGAAAAGAUUUACAGGCUUAUCAAUCAUCUGGACCCAUCAUCGACGAAUGAUCUUGCACGAACGGCGGAUAACUCAAAAAACUGGAUGUCACAUCUAGCUGCAAAAAAAGCACCUAUUGAGAGGCUCAAUCAAGUUCCUGGUGCAGCUCUCCAAAUGCAACGUGAGCUACUCUGGUAUAAGGAAGUGGAAAGUAUUAUGUACACCAAUGCUCUUGUUAUAAACAAAGAUAAGAAAACAUCAAGAAUAUUAUUCACGGAGGAGCAUAAAGACCUAGUAAAAGAAGGAGCAACUUGGUUGAAGGAAACAUCGACACAAUGUAUGGUGGUAGCAACACUAAUCACUACAAUUAUGUUUCAAGCAGUAUUUACAGUACCAAGUCAUACAACAGGAGGAGGAGAAGCCAAUAAUUACAUACAAGGCAAGUUUCCAAUACUUUUUGUUGUAUCAAAUAUAUUGGCACUUUGCUCUUCAGUCGCUUCUAUGUUGGUGUUUCUAGCCAUAAUUACUUCACGAUAUGCUGAAGAAGACUUCUUGUCGACUCUGCCUCGAAUGUUGAUGUUGGGCCUUUUAUUUCUCUUUGUCUCUAUUGUGGGGAUGAUGACAGCCUUUGUGUCAGCCAUCUUAUUUAUGCUUCGCUUCAAGGUUCGUAUAUGGGGCUUCUUUCCCAUUGUUUUUCUUGCAAGUGUCUCAGUCACUAUUUAUGCUUUGGUGGAACUUCCCUUAUUCAUACAAUUGAUGUUUACCACAUCUUCAUCAGCUGUCUUCGGGAAGAGAAAUUCGAAUAAACAUUCAUGAAUAGGUGUAAUAGUACUUUACCAUUGGUGUAGAGGGAACAACAAGAGGUGCAAUGUGUAAUAAAGUAUAAAGUGUGUCUUGUUUGUUAUAAAUUUAAACCUUUGAUUUCAAUGGUUGUAGAGGGAAGAAAACAUAAAAAAAGUGCAAUUUGUAUUCAUGUAUAAAUUAUGUCUUUGUUUGUUAUAAACCUUUGAGUCGAUUGGUUGAAAUCA